CUUCUCCUCGAGCGUGGGGCAGAUGUGAAUGCUCAGGGUGGCAGGUAUGGCAAUGCACUACAAGCAGCUAUAGAAAAAGGAAACGAAUCGGUUGUGCCGCUUCUCCUCGAUCAUGGGGCAAAUUUGAAUGUUCAGAAUGGCUCUUAUGGCAAUGCACUACACGGAGCUGCAACAAAUGGACACGAAUCGGUUGUCCGGCUUCUCCUCGAUCGCGGGGCAGAGGUGAAUACUCAGGGUGGCCAUUAUGGCAAUGCACUUCAAGCAGCAGCAGUGGAAGGAAACGAAUCGGUUGUGCGGCUUCUCCUCGAUCGCGGGGCAGAGGUAAAUGCUCAGGGUGGCCGUUAUGGCAAUGCACUACAGGCAGCGAAAGCAUUAGGUCAUGAAUCGAUUGUGCAGUUUCUCAUCACACGCGGGGCGGCUUCCG